CUUGUCCGGCCCCCAUUUGGUAAUUGAUUUCCUCUGACCGCUAUGGACCAAGACUCGUUUCGACAACUUUUGAAUAAUUCAUCGGGGGCUGCAACAUCAUCAAGACGUGGGGUAAAACAGGCUAAGACCAUCAGUGCCUCUGAGCCUGCAUUCAAACCGCGGAAAGUGAAGAAGGAAGCAAAGUACCGGGACCGUGCGGCUGAGCGGAGAGUCGGCGGUGGGAAUGACUAUGCACAGGUUGAAGCUAUCCUGGAGGAUUUCGAUAAACGUACCGCUGACCAGGGUAAAGAUGUAGUCGACGCGCAACGCGGCUACCUCGGCGGAGAUAGCGACCAUACCAUUCUCGUCAAGGGGCUUGACGUGGCAUUACUCGAACAAAACAAGAACGCCGCUGCAGCUUCGGUAGAUGAUGAUACGCUUGAGAAGGCUUUCUUGGGGGAGACUCCAGAAUCUACAGUGCGCAAGAAGCGCACUCGCGAGGACAUCGUUCGCGAAUUGAAGGCUAAGCGGCCGAAAACAGGUGAUUCACAACAACCUCCAGUCAUAACCGAUGCACCAUUACCAAACAAUAAGUUCAAACCCAUCGGAUUCAAACCAAUAAAUCAGGGCGAUGUUGACGCUAAGAAGAAGAAAAAGAGGCGAAAAAUCGAGACUAUGGCAAAGACGGAAGAAAAACCUCAGAGUACACCAUCUGAGCCUCCCAAAGAAUCCCCCAAGCCACGAUCCGCACGAAAACUGGAACCCGAGCCUGAACCUGAGCUCCCAGAAGAUUUUGAUAUCUUCGAGGGUGCUGGCGAAUAUGAAGGUUUGGAUGUCAGCGAUGACGAUUCUGGUAACGAUAUAUCCCCUCUCAGAGACGAUACCUCAUCUCCGGGAGACGCACUAUUAAACAGACCCGGCGGUUGGUUUAACGAUGAUCUACAACCUCCGUUCGCUUCUCAACCCAAGUCACCUCUGGAUGUGGUUCUAUCACCCACCCCAAUUCCACUGCCCUCCGUCCCUGACGAAGAUGAGGAGGAAGACAAUGACGAUGGCCCGGUACGACUGGAGCCUCUUGAGAACUCCUCUCUUCCUUCCAUCAAGGACUUUUUGUUGAUGGACCAGUCUGCUGAGAAGAGGCGAAAACGGAAGAAAAAGGGCAAAGACGCGAAAGACGCAGUCGAUGAAUCGAAGAAGCUAAAUCCACAGGCAAAGGCUGACCGAGAUUACAAAAGGUUAAAAUCAUAUCAGGACAAAAGAGUUGCUGGAAAGUCAUAGAACGUUUGAAUAGCUUGCUAUAUAAUACAGGUCCAUCAUGAAUCUGAUCGGUUGGGAUGCCCUUGCAACAGCUUGUUAAUGGUAAUAGUUCGUAGAUUCGUGUCCGCAAAUAGAGCGCGAACGAGUCUCACAAGUUCAUCAACCUCAAAGUCCACUAAAGCCCCUGCCUCGAAUAAAUAUG